GGUAGAGCAGCGCACUCAGCUUUCAAUGGCUUCACAGGUGCAAAAGAAGAAGGGGUCCGAAGCAGUCGCUGUGCAGUCUGAAGUGCAAGGCAAAACCAAGCCUCAAGAAACAAUGUCUAUGCCGUCUGACCCUCAGAAUCAGAAAAAGGGUCCGGAGAUCCCAAAGUCACCGGUGGGGUUGCUGAGGAAGAGGGGUAAGGAAGCAAUUCCAAAGAUGCAACCAGCAAUGAUGAUGUUCUCCAGCAAAUACUGGGCACGUCGAGGAUUAUCUCUGGAUUCAGCUAUGCUUGAUCAGCAGCACCUAGGAAAUAAUAUGCUUCGUAGGACAUCUUUUAGUCGCAUAGAUGAGAAACCGGACAAAGAGGAUACAGGCUCGGCUUAUGACAGCAGUAAAACUGCAGUGAUCUUCUCUCUGAAGAACGAGGUGGGAUGUCUGGUGAAGGCUCUUCGGCUGUUUCAGGAGAAGCAUGUAAAUUUGGCCCACAUUGAAUCACGCAAAUCAAAGCGAGUCUCCACAGAGGUGGAGAUAUAUGCAGAGUGUAGCUGCACUAAAAAGGAAUUCAACGAGCUGGUGCAGCACCUUAAAGACCAUGUCAACAUUGUCUCAUAUAACACACCUCAAAACGUGUGGUCUGUAGAGACUGACUGUUUGGACUGUGUGUGUGUUUUGGGUGGCUUGCCAGAUGUAGAAGGAGUCCCUUGGUUUCCCCAGAAGAUCUCUGAAUUGGACCAGUGCUCACACAGAGUGCUCAUGUAUGGCUCAGAGCUGGACGCCGAUCAUCCGGGAUUUAAAGACAACAUCUAUAGGCAGAGGAGGAAGUACUUUGUAGAAGUCGCAAUGAACUACAAAUUUGGCCAACCCAUCCCACGCAUUGAGUACACACCAGAAGAGGUGAAGACUUGGGGAGUGGUGUUCCGGGAGCUCACUAAACUUUAUCCCACCCAUGCCUGCCGCGAGUACAUGAAAAACCUCCCAUUGCUCACAAAACAUUGUGGAUACCGUGAGGACAAUAUUCCCCAGCUGGAGGAUGUCUCUCUCUUCCUAAGAGAGAGGUCAGGGUUCACAGUGCGACCUGUAGCAGGUUAUCUGUCACCUAGAGACUUCCUGGCUGGUCUGGCAUAUCGAGUGUUCAACUGCACUCAGUAUGUACGCCACAGCACUGACCCACUCUACACACCAGAGCCGGACACUUGCCAUGAGCUUCUGGGUCAUGUCCCACUCUUAGCAGAUCCCAAGUUUGCUCAGUUCUCACAGGAAAUUGGCCUAGCCUCUCUUGGGGCUUCGGACGAAGACGUGCAGAAGUUGGCUACAUGCUAUUUCUUCACCAUUGAGUUUGGUCUUUGCAAACAAGAUGGCCAGUUGAGAGCCUAUGGAGCAGGACUGCUUUCUUCAAUUGGAGAGCUAAGGCAUGCAUUAUCAGACAAAGCUGUAGUGAAGCAGUUUGAUCCCAAAACCACAUGCUACCAGGAGUGCCUCAUCACAACUUUCCAAGAUGUUUACUUUGUCUCAGAGAGUUUUGAAGAGGCCAAAGAAAAGAUGAGGGACUUUGCCAAAACGAUCAAGAGGCCCUUCUCUGUCUACUAUAACCCAUACACCCAGAGUAUUGACCUGCUGAAGGACACCAGGAGCAUUGAGAAUGUGGUGCAGGACCUCCGCAGUGACCUCACCACAGUCUGUGAUGCACUGGGGAAAAUGAACAAGUACCUGGGCAUCUAGAAGCACACAAAUUAGUUUUAGCCACACUUUUUUCUGCUUUGAACAAAAAAACCAAACUGCAAUUACAUUACCUAGUGGCUAAAGGUGUUUAAUGUAUAACCUGAACCCAAAGUCAAACAGAGCUUGGUCUUCCUGUCUGGUGUCUUCAUGUAUUUGCCAGCUUUCAUAGUCAGUUAUUCAUAUGUGCAUGACUGCCAUUGCUGCAGAAGCUACAGGAUGCAUCCGUUUGUGGUUGCUGAUUGUAAUUUGCUAAUCAUAGUAUUCUGUAAUUCAAUUGCCCAAGUUCCUGACCAGGUCCAACUUCAUUAUGAGAGAGCAAACAGGAAGUUUGAGAUGGAUGAUUCCAGAUGCUAAGGCAGAAAUAUACCCCACUUUGUUCUAGUCAAUUAGCAGCACAGUCUGCUUCACAGACCCUCUGACAGUCUAAAGUCACAACACGAUGAAUGAUAUGGAAUGAAUGCUGGUACAUUAUCAUUGAAUCAUAUGGAACUGUUUUGUUGCUUUUGACUGAAGAAAACAAUUGGGCAAUGAAAAUAAAUCUAUCCAAUAUAUUACCAUAAAGAGUCUAGUAUUAAAUGUGUUACCCCUCUGUGUCUCCGUAUAAGCCUGAAAUGAGAGUUAAGAUAUGGUAAUCAUAAAUCAGUGUGUAUUUUAUUUGCAUCUUAGGUUGUAGCACUCAGGCUAAGACGAAUGUUAAUAGUAUUGUGCCUAAAAUAAUCGAAAUAUAUAUAUAUAUAUAUAUAUAUAUAUAUAUAUAAUCUGUAUAGAAUAUUCAUGAAUGAAAUUGCUAAAUGUUGGAGUGACUAUAGUCCCUAUGUCUGGAUAGUGUCUGGGUAGUGCUUAGUAGUACUGGUUAUAUUUGCAGCUGAUAAAGUAGAUGUAU